CACUUCCGGGCGCGGGCUGGCGGUUGCGGCGACUCCGAGUGCUCUGCAGCGCGGGGUCCGGCGCGCCGGGCGGCUUCGCCAUGAACUUCUCCGAGGUGUUCAAGCUCUCCAACCAGCUCUGCAAGUUCUCCCCGGACGGCAAGUACCUGGCCUCCUGCGUGCAGUACCGCCUGGUGGUCCGGGAGGUGGGCAGCCUUCAGAUCCUCCAGCUGUACAGCUGCCUGGACCAGAUCCAGCACGUCGAGUGGUCAGCCGACUCCCUCUUCAUCCUGUGCGCCAUGUACAAGCGGGGGCUGGUGCAGGUGUGGUCGCUGGAGCAGCCCGAGUGGCACUGCAGGAUUGACGAGGGCUCCGCGGGGCUGGUGGCCUCCUGCUGGAGCCCCGACGGGCGCCACAUCCUCAACACCACCGAGUUCCACCUGCGGAUCACGGUCUGGUCCUUGUGCACAAAGUCCGUCUCGUACAUCAAGUACCCGAAGGCCUGUCAGCAGGGAAUCACCUUUUCCCGGGACGGCCGCUACCUGGCCUUGGCCGAGCGGCGGGACUGCAAGGACUACGUCAGCAUCUUCGUCUGCAGCGACUGGCAGCUGCUGCGGCACUUCGACACGGACACCCAGGACCUGGCCGGCAUCGAGUGGGCGCCCAACGGCUGCGUACUGGCGGCGUGGGACACCUGCCUGGAGUACAAGGUCCUGCUCUACUCCCUGGAUGGCCGGCUGCUGGCCACGUACUGCGCAUACGAGUGGUCCCUGGGCAUCAAGUCGGUGGCCUGGAGCCCCAGCAGUCAGUUCCUGGCACUCGGCAGCUACGACGGGAAGGUGCGCAUCCUCAAUCACGUGACCUGGAAGAUGCUCACCGAGUUUGGGCACCCCGCGGCCAUCAGUGACCCGCGAGUGGUGGUGUACAAGGAAGCGGAGAAGAGCCCGCGGGGGGCGCUGGGCCGGCCCGCCUGCCCGCCACCCAGGGCCGCCGAGAGCAAGUAUGAGAUCGCCUCGGUGCCGGUGUCCCUGCAGACGCUGAAGCCCACCGCCGACCGAGCAAACCCGAAGAUCGGCGUCGGCGCGCUGGCCUUCAGUCCCGACAGCUAUUUCCUGGCCACGAGGAACGACAAUGUCCCGAACGCAGUGUGGAUCUGGGACGUGCAGAAGCUGCGGCUGUUUGUGGUGCUGGAGCAGCUGGGCCCCGUGCGCUCCUUCCAGUGGGACCCGCGGCAGCCCCGGCUGGCCAUCUGCUCGGGAGGCAGCAAGGUGUACCUGUGGUCGCCGGCGGGCUGCGUGUCUGUGCAGGUGCCCGGGGAAGGGGACUUCCAGGUGCUCUCGCUGUGCUGGCCUGUCACGGGGGACUCGCUGGCCCUGCUCAGCAAGGACCACUUCUGCCUGUGCUUCCUGGAGACGGAGGGCGGGGCUGACGGCGCCCCCGGGCAGCUGGGCGACCACACGUAGGACGCGCGGCAGCCGUGGGAAGGGACGCAGACGCGCAGAGCUGUGGGGAGCGGGCUCGGGGCAGCUCCAACCAUGGUCCGUGGAGACAGCUUGUGUUUGUUUCCCUAAAAG